ACUUAAAGUCCAGAAACUGACAGACCCCAUAGUUAGUAUCCUCGCGGACAAUCGUACUAUGAUUGUAGAGGAUUACAUAGAGGGAGUCCAGGCAUAUUUCCGCCUAGAGAAAGAUGGGAAAGUGGAGAAGGUCCUCCACUCCCUGACUCUCCUCGUAGAAGACAGCCUCCCAUUUGAUAUUGUCUUGGGAAUGGAUUGGGGAGAGGCAGCCGGGGCGACGCUCCAUCUGAAGGAGCACGAGUGUAGGCUCCCUAGUUCCUCAGGCGAGGCUAAGACUGCUCACCUAUUCCAUGUGUCAGGGGUAGAGAAUUCCUUGGUGCAUUGCUGCCUGAGUGCCCCCGCGUUCGCCAGAUUAGUGAAGAAGGAGAAAUUGAAUGAGCAGGUCUUUGUUGCCUAUGUGAGGCCAGUGACUGAGCCUACGGAAGAAAAACCGAUGGACCUUGCAAUUGCCAAGCUGCUGGAAGAGUUCAAGGACCUAACCGAGCCGCCGAUAGGAGUGGUACCGCGGCCCAUCCAGCACCGUAUUGAGAUAGAGCCUGGCAAUAGGACUCCUAAGGGCGCUGUAUAUAGGAUGUCCCCACGGGAGUUAGAGGAGCUUCGCAAGCAGUUAGACGAGCUCCUCGAGAAGGGUUGGAUUAGACCCAGUUCGUCCCCUUUCGGAGCGCGUGUUCUCUUUGUUCCUAAGAAAGAGGGAGAGCUGAGAAUGUGCAUAGACUAUAGGGGUCUGAAUGCUAUUACAGUGAAGAAUGCUGAGCCACUGUCGAGGAUAGACGAUCUCUUAGAUCAAGUGCAGGGGGGCAAAUAUUUCUCUAAGGUAGAUUUAAAGUCCGGAUAUUAUCAAAUAGAGGUACAUCCUGAUGAUCAGUAUAAGACAGCUUUCCGGACUAGGUACGGGCAUUAUGAGUUUAUAGUGAUGCCCUUUGGACUAACCACCGCGCCAGCUACGUUCCAGCGCUGUAUGAAUGAUUUGUUUAGGCCAUGGUUAGACAGAUUUGUCGCAGUUUAUCUAGAUGACAUUCUCGUGUUUAGUAGGACCCUCGAAGAGCACCAAGGUCAUCUCAGGCAGGUCUUGGAGAAGCUGAGGGAAGCUAACUUCAAGAUCAAUGCAAAGAAGUGCGAUUGGGCGAAGACCUAAGUUUUGUAUCUACGCCACGUCUUAGACGGAGAUGGCGUUAAGCCAGAGGAUAGCAAGAUCGCAUCGAUUAGAGAUUGGCCCACGCCACGU